AUGCUUCAGGACAUCGGAGGUCCUGUUCCUCCAAACACUGACCAUGCAGUUAGUGUAUCACUACCUACGUGGAAAGCAAAUGUGGCAUACGAAGAAGGGGAAGCAUGGGUUAUAAAUAAGAUGCAAUGCGGCUACCCCCGUUUCUUCAUACAUCCCAUUAUUCAAGAGCUCUCUAAAGAGAUCGUAUCCCGAUUUGGAAACACGCAAACCGAUAUUGCCAUUCUGUUCCCAUCUCCAAAUACCGCGCGUUUAUGUCACUCCUUCCUCCAGUCCAAAAUUCCCUCCGACGAAUCACAUAAGAUCCGUGUUUUGGACUUCGUUCCCUCUCAGCAGCCCGAAACCGAUUCGCCCACCGUCACAUCAUUUUUGUCAUGUGUUAUGUACCCAAGCGAGUAUGCAUCGGUUGCGAAACAAGUGUGGCAGCAUUCUGGCAAUGGUGUGUCAAGUCGAAGGGGUGAAUUCUGUCUAUCCGCCCUGAAGGAUGGGCUUCUCGUGGAAAAGAAAUCCGCCGCUGUCGAUACAUCAUCACCAAAAUUCUGCAAGGGCCCCCGGAGAUAUCGAGGACGAGGCUCGAUAAGCGGAAUAAAUAAGGGUGGACCACACGGCGCGACCUCGACCUCGAACCCCAUCCAGCCGCAAGAGGGCCGAGAAUCCGCCCAGUUCAUUGAGGAACGCUUCGGUCGAAACUUGAGUACUUCGCUGGCCGAUCAAGCAAAGAUCGCUGUGCGCAGGCGGAUUGCGGGUGUCUUGACUGCAGAUGUAGAGCUGAGUGAAGCUCUAGAGGAGACAUCACGGGAGGCGAGAGUCGCGGGAUUAUCUGAGUCCGAUGUUUACCUAUACCCAACUGGUAUGAGCUCGAUCUUCAAUGCGCAUCAGAUGCUGCUAAAUGCUAGGGGUGCUAUGAAGAGCAUCUGUUUUGGUUUUCCUUACAUCGAUACUCUAAAAAUUCUUCAAAAAUGGGGUCCUGGGUGUUUGUUCUACGGCCACGGAUCUUCUGAAGAGUUGGAUGAUUUGGAGUCCCGACUAGCCAACGGUGAGAGAUUUCUUGGGCUUUUCACAGAAUUUCCAGGAAAUCCUCUUCUCAAAGCCCCCGAUCUUAAGCGGAUCGGAGAGCUGUCUGAGAAAUAUGACUUCGCGGUGGUUGUGGACGAAACAGUCGGAAACUUCCUCAAUAUCAAUGUACUCCCUCAUGCAGAUAUCGUGGUCAGCAGUUUGACCAAAAUAUUCAGCGGCGACAGCAAUGUUAUGGGAGGAAGUGCAGUACUCAAUCCGCACGGACAAUACUACAAAUUGCUCAAGGAUACCUUUACCCGCGAGUACGAAGACAUUCUCUGGACGGAAGACGCUGUCUUCCUGGAAAGAAACAGUCGCGACUUCGUGGCGAGAAUUGAGAAGAUAAACAAUACUACCGAGGACAUAACAGCAAUGCUUAAAGAUUCUCCCCUCAUCAAAAAUGUGUAUUAUCCGAAGUAUAACCCUUCACGGUCACUGUAUGAGGCAUUCCGCACUCCAAAUGGUGGGUACGGCGGUCUCUUCUCUGUCACGUUCCACUCUACAGAGGAGGCAAUUGCCUUCUUUGAUGUCCUGGAGGUUCUCAAAGGUCCUAGUCUUGGGACGAACUUUACUUUGAGUUGCCCGUAUACUUUACUCGCCCACUACGGUGAAUUGGAUUGGGCGGCUUCUUUCGGUAUUGAAUUCGAUCUAGUAAGAAUAAGUGUAGGUUUGGAGGAUGUCUCAGACCUCCGGGGUCGGGUGCAACAGGCGCUCGACGCAGCCGCUGCAGUCCGUAAAACAUAG